CACGAUAAUUUUAUUUUACUUCUCAUGAUGAUCUAGGACGAUGGGGGUGUGUUUACCGCUUAUGACGUCACUGAUUGCGCAUAUUGUUGCCUACUCGCAGGAUGAGAAAGAUAGACCUUCUAAUGUUGAAUUUGAUGAUGGGGAAGGAAAUGUGAGUGAUGUUCUUGAUUUUUUUGGCGAUAAAAGCUCUAAACUGUUUAUGAAUGAAGAAAAAACUUUCGAUAACUUACAAAAACUGAAAAGUAAUGAGAAAAUUGAGAAACCUCCGAAAAGGAAUAAAAAGCGGAAAAGAAAAGUUGUGAAUUCAGAAAUGGAAUUUGCAGAGAGUAUGAGUGUCAAAAAGGUGAAGAAAAACGAAAAAAAUUUGUUGGAAUUGCAUAAAGAAAAGGUGAAUGCUUUACGAAACAGAAACCACAUUUCUGUAAAAGGUGCUGAUAUUUCAGAUCCAAUUGAAUGUUUUACAGAACUAGAUUUAGAGUACUCCUGUCCUCAAUAUAUUUUAAAUAAUAUUCUUGAAUCUGGCUAUACAAAACCCACUCCAAUUCAAAUGCAAGCCAUACCACUUAUUCUUCAGCAACGUGAACUGUUGGCUUGUGCUCCAACUGGUUCAGGAAAAACUGCAGCUUUUAUUUUACCAAUUCUUUAUCAUCUUAAGGAAUCAAUGAAAUGUGGGUUUAGAUGUGUCAUUCUUUCUCCAACAAGAGAACUGGCUCAGCAAAUUUAUCGUGAAUGUUUGCAUCUUUCCAAAGGAAAAGCAUUUAGAAUUCAUAUUUUAACUAAGGCGAAAGAACAAAACUUUGGACCAAAGUCAAACAAACAUUUUGAUAUUUUGGUGACAACACCAAGUCGUCUAGUACACCUUCUCCAACAGACUCCAUGUGCUAUACAGUUAGAAAAUGUUGAAUGGUUGAUCUUUGAUGAAGCAGACAAAUUGUUUGAAGAAGGCAAAAAUGGAUUUAGAGAUCAAAUUUCAACCAUAUAUCAGUCUUGUUGUAAUACUAAAGUGAAAAGAGCAUUGUUUAGUGCAACAUUAUCCAAUGGCAUUGAGGAAUGGGCAAGAACGCAUUUGGAUAAUGUAGUUCAAGUUACUGUUGGUGUUAGAAACUCAGCAACAGAAACAGUAGAGCAAGAAUUGUUGUUUGUUGGUCAAGAAUGUGGAAAAUUAAUUGCUAUUCGUGAUAUUAUACAUAAAGGGUUUGAACCACCAAUGUUGUUAUUUGUUCAGUCUAAAGAACGAGCAAAAGAAUUGUUUCAUGAACUUAUUUAUGAUGGACUCAAUGUAGAUGUCAUUCAUUCAGACAGAACACAAAGCCAGCGUGACAAUAUUAUAAAAUGUUUUCGAACUGGCAAGAUUUGGGUUUUAAUUUGCACUGAACUAAUGGGCCGUGGAAUUGAUUUCAAAGGUGUUAAUUUGGUUGUAAAUUAUGACUUUCCAACGACAUCUGUGGCAUAUAUUCAUAGAAUUGGUAGAACAGGUCGUGCUGGGCGGCGAGGAAAAGCAAUUACAAUUUUUACUGAAGAUGAUGUAGGAAAUUUAAGAAGCAUUGCAAAUGUUGUUAAAUCUUCUGGUGGUAAUGUUCCUGAUUGGAUGUUAAAGUUAAAGAAACAGACAAGAAAAGCCAGUAAAAAACUAUCGAAGCAACCUGUGAAAAGAAAGAGUAUAAAAACGACAACGAAAUAUGAUUUAUAUCAAGCUAAGAAAAAAAGAGAAAUGGUAAAAAGCUCAAAACGAAAAGCUAGUCAAUAAAAUGGAAAUUGUAGCCAUUCCGAUUAUCAAAUUUAUCGCAUCAAUUAUAGUGUUCACGUGAAAAGAACAUGGUUUAAGGUUUUAGAUGAUGUAAUGUUUGCCUACACAAAACACAUCUCUUGUAGUACUGUACUUGGGCUUUUUUGGAAACGACCGGAAGCUAUUAAUAAAGACAGAUUUCUUGACUAAAAUCUAUAAAA